AUGUAUGCUGAACGAUCUUUUCAAGGUCAACUUAUUAAAAAUGAUUUGAAUCGAUUAAAACGACGUUAUACUAAACCUGUCAAGAAGUCUAAGUUUCAAAUUGUAAGGAGGAAAACUAAGAAAUAUGUAGUUAUGUUCCUAGAAACAUCUUCCAUCCAUGGUUUGAAUCAUUUGGUUACUAUUGGGAGACAUUCCUGUGAAAUAUUCCUUUGGCUAUCUGUAGUAAUCCUGUCAGUCUUUGGUACGCUCUACUUAUCUCGGACAACUUGGUUGCGCUACCAGUCUUCACCCACUGUUGUAUCGAUGGACCGCGACAUGUUCGCGUGGAAUACCACCUUUCCUUCUGUCACACUCUGUCUUGAUAGUACUAUUGAUAAUAAUAAAUUGGAAAAUUACGUAAGACUUUCAAACGAAGAAGACAAGGAGCAAAUGAAAGUUUUCAUCAAGGCGUUAGCGAAUGCAACUUUCGAAAACUUUGAUACGAUGCCCAAAUACGAUGGUAUACCACCUGAGAAAUAUUUAGAGAUACUUUUGAACUUAUCGAUGUUGUUCAAACCAACCUUAACUAUUGGUGCUUCUGGAAUCAAUCUAGAUAUAGUGCCAACUGUGACAGAGAUGGGAGUGUGCUAUGCUAUCAAUUCUAAGGUGGCUGUUUAUAAUUCUCCAGAGGCAAGUAACAGAUGGGAUAUUGUGGAUUCAAAGAACUCUAUGUUUUUUAUCCAUCCUUUGGACGGCGAAGUAUUUGCACAAGUUAUGAAUAUAACUACUUCAUACAAUGCUUACAUUCAUGGACCAUUAGAAGUUCCGGAUAUCUCAACGAAACACCAGCACUCGAAGGAGAGAUUUUAUAUGAAACUCUAUGUAACCGCACUUACUGUUUAUACAUCGCCAGAGGCAGCUAGUUUGAGUAUUGCUCAACGUCGAUGCCGUUUCCAGCAUGAAAACAUUUUGAAGCACAAUUCCAUAUACUCCUACACUAUGUGCCGUAUGGAGUGUAGAGUGAACCUCUGCUUGAAAUAUUGUAAUUGUAUACCAUAUUUCUACAGAAGAAUAGGUGAAGAAAAAAUAUGCGAUGUUUCGGGUUUGCACUGCUUGGGAAGGUACAAAGGUAAUAAGGAGUUG